AUGGCGGAGCCAUCAUUCGACGAGAAGAACGACCAGCAUGUUGCGGCCUCGGUGGUCGAUUCUGAUGCUCCAGGCAACGCCGAACUCGACAAGCGCAUUCUAUGGCGACGCGACCUGGUGCUGGUGCCGCUUUUGGGCACCAUGUACAUGGUGAUGUUCCUCGAUCGCACCAACAUCGCCAACGCGAGAAUCGAAGGUCUGGAAGCAGGCCUCAACAUGCCCAGCAACGGCUACAAUGUUGCCUUAUCAGUCUUCUAUGUCCCCUUCGUGCUCUUCGAAGUCCCGUCAAACCUCGUCCUUAGUCUACCAUGGGUCAAGCCGAGAUGGUAUUUGGGUACCAUGGUGGUACUGCUCGGCAUCGUGGCCAUGUGCCAGGGCCUAACAGCUUCAUACGGCGGGCUCCUAGCAACACGAUUCAUCGCCGGCAUAUUCGAGUCCACACUACCCGCCGCCGCCACGUACAUUAUGUCGACCUACUACACCAAGAAGGAAGGCGCCGUCCGCUUCGCAUGGUUCUUCAACUUCGCACUUGCUGGGCCUAUGUUUUCUGGACUGCUCGCAUACGGCCUCGUGCGUGGCCUGGACGGUCAUGGUGGGUAUGAGGGCUGGAGGUGGAUCUUCAUCAUCGAGGGUUUGAUGACGGUCGUGUUCGGCUGCAUCGUCCUGGUCGCUACGCCGAACUUCCCAGAGAAGGCGCAGAACUGGUUCUUGAAGGCGCAUGAACGAGAGCGCCUCCUCGUCCUUCUCGAGCAAUCGCGCGGUCGUGAAGGUAAUAAUGACACCGAAGGUCUGGAGGAUGUGCCUGCGUGGAAAGUAUUCCUCGACUGGCGCGUCCAGCUCUUCACCCUAGCGUUCUUCUGCUGCGAUGUCACUGCUUCGUCGGUCAGCGCUUUCAGUCCGACUAUCAUCAGCGAGCUGGGAUAUGUGAGUACCACGGCGCAGCUACUGACGAUGCCGGUGUGGGCUUCGGGGAUCAUUGCGAGUUUUACGGUAGUGUAUAUUGCGACAAGGGCGAAUAAACGGUGGAUGUUCGUGUUGGGAUCUAUCUUGGUGCAGAUCGCCGGCUGGUCGAUCCUAAAGGCGUGGCCAUCAACGAUUGGUGUGCGGUACCUCACUUUCAAUCUUCGAGGGAGGAAGUACUUGGCUGUUGGCAUGGCUUGGUGCACAGGCUUCGGUAACGCCGCCAACUUCGUCUCCGCCAACAUGUUCAUCAAGACUGAGCGCCCACGCUACCCUAGCGGCAUUUCGGUUGGGCUGAGUUUCUGCUGUAUUGGUUUUGCUUUGGUGUCGUUCAUCACCGCGCUAUUGGUGCGGCUGAACAAGAGGAGGGAAUUGAAGCUGGGUAGCUUGUCUGAGGAAGAGCGUGCUGUGAGGGCGGAUAAGGGCUUCAAGUUCGUACUGUGA